GCGGAAUGAAAAUCUGUGUGCCUAGAAACAGAUGUGAGAAGCGGUUUCUCCUCACAAUAUCUUUGUUCACGUCACCUCAUAAAGAUCAUGGCCGCAGUAGUGAAAUGGGUGACGUCAAGCAGGACUAUCUGGAAACAUUUAUUGCCAAUCCAAAAUGGAGCCUUGUCUAGUGCUUGUCGAAAGUCUACCUACUCCCCUCUUCCAGAUGACUACAACUGCAAGGUAGAGCUCGCUUUGACAACCGAUGGCCGGACAAUAGUGUGCUACCACCCUUCUGUGGACAUCCCGUACGAACACACAAAACCUAUCCCUCAACCAGACAUUUUGUGUAAUAAUGAAGAAACACAUGAACAAGUGCUGAAAACCAAAUUAGAAAUCAAAAGCGAGCGGCUUGAGCAAGGCCCCAUGAUAGAACAACUCAGCAAGGUGUUCUUAACCACGAAGCACCGCUGGUACCCGCACGGACAGUAUCACAGACGUCGUAAGAAACCGAAUUCUCCCAGAGACAGGUGA